AUGAUUGCAAUUCUCAAACCAAAUACAUCAACACCCACUGGGACAACACCACCAGCACAUCAACUAUCAGUUACAUGGGCUACACCACCGUGUGCUGCAAGUAGUAAAGAAAUCAAAGGAAAACCUUGUACACCCUUGCCCGGAGCUAUUGCAGCAGCCACAGCAUCAACACCAGAUUUUCCCUUACAAAGUCCUGGCUUUAGUAUUCACACAGCUAAUACGGAUAAUAACGAUGAAGACAAUGACGAAAAUAUCGACGAUGAAGAAGACUAUUCUGUGUCUGUAUCAGCUAUAAUGCAAAGACGUGCCAGUGUACGUGGCUAUCGCAGGAAAAGCAGCAGUCGCAACUCACGCAGAGCUUCCAGUCCAAUGGAUCACGUUUUGGAUAAUGCAGAGCGUAGACGCUCCAGCGUCUAUACAACAAGUUCAGAUGAAGGUACAAAUCAAGAAUCAACACAAGAGCAAAUAUUUGAAAACAUACGUCUCCACAAGGAGGUUAUACAAUCGGUUAAACUUCAACCAUGGCCAAUACGUAAGAAACUUAAGCUAGUACGACAGGCUAAAACAUAUGUGGCCCGGCAUGAGGGAGCACUACAGGAACGUUUUGCCAUGUCACGCAGCACUCGAGAUUUGUGGGCGCGUUUUAAAAUUGUAAUGGCUGCUCGUUGGCGCCACUGGAAACGAGAAAUUUACAGUUUUCUAACCGUUCUCAUACCUUGGGAGCUACGAAUCAAAGAAAUCGAAUCACAUUUUGGAUCGGGCGUUGCCUCGUAUUUUACAUUUCUUCGUUGGCUUAUGUAUAUGAAUGUUAUGAUUGCCCUGCCAUUGGUAUUAUUUGUUAUUGGACCGGAGUAUUUUGGAACGAAAAACGAUGAAAUUGAUCCACGCAAAAAGAUGACCGAACGUGAAUACAAGGUUGCCGGUAAUCUACUAACAAUAUGGGAAUUUGAAGGUUAUCUGAAAUAUUCGCCAAUGUUUUAUGGAUAUUAUUCAAGUUCCACCGGAGCAGCGGCACAUGGAUACCUAUUGCCACUGGCCUAUUUUCUAACAGCGGUGGUGGUAUAUAUUUAUAGUUUCGUGGCCACACUAAGAAAAAUGGCCGAGAAUUCACGUAAUUCAAAACUAUCAUCGAAAGACGACGAAUGCACAUUUUCGUGGAAACUUUUUACUGGUUGGGAUUUUAUGAUUGGUCAUGCGGAAACUGCACAUAAUCGCAUUGCAUCUGUGGUAGUUGGUUUCAAGGAAGCUCUACUGGAGGAAGCUGAAAAGAAGAAGGAUACACGAAAUUGGCGUAUUAUAUUGCAACGUAUAGUUGUUAAUAUUUUGAUAAUUGCCCUGUUAGUCGCAUCCGGUGCUAUUGUUGUUUACUUAGUAAAUAGAUCAGAAGAUUUGGCGAAACGCGACGAUUGGUUAAGUAAAAAUGCUGUAAAUGUUACCAUGAAUUUACUUUCAUUUAUAUUGCCAAUGAUAUUUGAGGCGUUGGGGCUAUUCGAAAAUUGGCAUCCUCGUCAACAACUCCGCUUACAAUUGGCCAGAAUUAUGAUUUUGAAUUUACUCACCCUGUAUUCGUUGAUGUUUUCGUUCAUCUAUAAAAUCGACAAAAAAGAAGGGCCACUUGUCGAAAUGAAACUGCUAAAUGAUACUGCAACAGCUCAAUUGGAGGAUUUAAAUCGCAGAUGGGAAAUCUAUAAAAAUAUGACAGCCAAUUUGAAUGGCACUACGGAGCUGGCCACGACAACAGAAACGGUAAUGCUGACAACGGCCAAAGUGGCAACAAAACUCGUCUGUCGUAAUGUUACAAAAUACUGCACCAAACAAUGCCAGGGGAUCCAGGGACUUCCAACAACGGCAACAGCAGGAACAAUGGCCGCAGUGGCCACCACAACUUUGUUGCUCUUAAAUCUCACCACAACCACCAUGAUACCACCAACAGCAACGACAACAGCUUUGGUAACAAAUGCUACAAGUCCCAUUAUGACGACCACAACGGAGAUGAGUACCGAAGCAGAAACGACAUGGGCGAUAACAACUACCACCGAAGCCAGCACCACCGUAACACCAUCGGACACGACAUAUUCCAGCACAUUGGACAUUACGACUACAACACCACCUGCCAACAGUCCCUUAACAACUCAGGCUACAACUGAACCAACGACCGAAGAAACUACCAUCUCUACACCAGCAAUAACAUCAACGACAACAACCGAAUAUCCUGGAAAUGAUACACUCUUUGAAUAUUAUGAUUAUUUCGCGGGGAUGUCAUUGGAACACCAACUGGUCGAUGAUGAGCUGAACAAAGCCACUACAAGUGAAGAUAAAAAGAAAAGAGCGGCCAGAGCUCACAGGCGGAAAAAGAAAAAGAAGUCCCAUGCAACGACAGGAACAACUCCUUUGAAUGAAAUAUUCAAAACCACAGUGGAACCUUAUUCCAAUGUCAGUCCCGAACAAACACCGAGAAAAUCGAAAGGAAAAAAUAAAAUUUCUAGAAUCAAACGAGCCCAAAGUGUUCCGCCAUCCAGAUUAUUGCCUAGAUCAAAAUACAGUCGUAGGGAUUCCAGUGGUACGACAACAACAAUAAGCACAACUACACAAACCAAUGAAAUGACGACAUCAACCACAGAGGGCACAACAUUGGCCACAACAACCGAAGAUAAUACAACGCCAUAUCCCACAACAAAGGACACCACAGCAGCGGACACCACAACAUCGACCGAUUUCAGUGCAUCAACGCCGCAAACCACUACUGCCAAGGAGAUACUUUGGGAAGAAAAUACGCUGCUCAAUGAAGUUUUAGAUUUCUUUACCACAAAUGCUACGACACCUAGACCCGGUGGAAAUACAAUUCGACCACAAGAAGAUCCAUUAAUCAAUGACUUGACGACCAAACCAUUCUUCGAAGAUGAUAGGACUGUUAUUUACAAUCUGGAAGAUAUGCCAAAUGGCACCAUGUAUGUUUGUUGGGACAUGGAGUGCACCCCAGAACUGGUGACAGAUGACGAUAAUCAAAACACUUCAUUGGACAUGAACAUUUCGCGACCCAUAACAAUGACAGAAGAGUUUGAGAAGAACUAUACGGAAAUUAUGAAAACUUUGAAAAGGGUCGAAUUAAGUUUGACCACAAUGUGUUGGGAAACAUCUUUGGGUCAGGAAUUGGCCAAAGUUGUGGUCCUUGAUGGG